AGAAUUAUUAUCACAUGUUUUUGUUGUUAGGGUUUGUGUAGGGUUUAACAGAACACCAUUUUCAGUUAGUAAUGGCGAACGACGAAGAAACACUCCGACCCCGACAGAUUGAAGAUGACGACCACGUUGAUGAAACCGAAGAUGAAGAUGAAGAUGAAGACGACCUCCAAGGCUGGGAUGACUGGAGAGAAGACGACCAAGACCAAGACCAACCAGAAGAGUCUUCCUUCCUCUGUCUCUUCUGCGAUUCCACCUACACUGACACCCAAGCUUUGUUCCAUCACUGCAUUUUCACCCACCAUUUUGAUUUUCAGAGCAUUAGAAAAACUCUCACUUUGGAUUUCUACGCUUCUUUCAAGCUCAUCAACUACGUCCGCUCCCAGGUUUCCCAAAAGAGAUGUUGGAGUUGUGGACUGACUUGCAAGUCUAACGAAGAUCUUUGGAAUCAUUUACAUGAAGCAGUCAGUCUUGAAGACAUUAAACCUCUUUGGGACAAUGAUCAAUACCUAAAACCUUUUUUGCAUGAUGAUUCACUCUUGUACAGUUUUAGUGAAGAUGAAGAAGCUGGAGAUGAUGGUGAUGAUGAUGUUGUUGUUGAUAUCUUCGAGAAAGAGGAGCUUAUGACCAAUCUGAAGAAGUUUAAAGAUAUUUGCAUUGAUAGUGAGAUUCAGGAUACAUAUGGCCAAUAUGGGAAAGAGGAUGUUGCAUCUAUUUCUGGCGGCCAUUUGAGUGUGGGAAGUUCUUCUGGAAAGAGUGCUGUUAAUGGUUUGACUUCAAGGGAACCCGAAGGAAAUACACAUGAUAAAACUUUAAGAGCUUAUUUUCCAAAUCGUGAUCUAAAGGAUGUGAAGAUUGUUAAUGCAGAUUAUUUUGGGUCUUAUAGUUCAUUUGGAAUCCACAGAGAGAUGCUUAGUGAUAAGGUAAGAACAGAUGCUUAUAGGAAAGCUAUUGUGGACAAUCCUUCUCUCCUGAAUGGUGCAGUCGUGAUGGAUGUAGGUUGCGGAACUGGCAUAUUAAGUUUAUUUUCAGCUCAGGCCAAGGCAUCUAGGGUUAUAGCAGUUGAAGCAAGUGAGAAGAUGGCUGCCGUUGCUACUCAGAUAGCAAGAGAGAAUGGUCUUUUGCGGAUUAAAAGCCCAACUAAUUGCACUAGCCCAUCUACUGGUGUAGUAGAAGUUGUUCAAUGUAUGGUUGAGGAUCUUGACAAAAAAACACCAAUUGAACCUCAUAGUGUUGAUGUAUUAUUGAGUGAAUGGAUGGGAUAUUGCUUACUCUACGAGUCCAUGCUUAGUUCUGUGCUUUAUGCACGGGAUAAGUGGUUAAAACCCGGAGGUGCUAUACUUCCUGACACAGCAACCAUUAUAGUUGCUGGAUUUGGAAAAGGAGGCACUAGUAUACCUUUUUGGGAAAAUGUAUAUGGUUUCAACAUGUCUUGUGUAGGCAAGGAACUUGUUGAAGGUGCUGCUCAAAUGCCGAUUGUUGAUGUUAUUGAAGGUCAUGAUUUAGUAACAGAUGCUGCAGUUCUUAAGACAUUCGACUUGGUGACAAUGAAACCAGAUGAAGUGGAUUUUACGGCAAGUGCCGAGUUGGAACCAAAUUUGUGCAGUGCAGAAACCAAUUCAUCUGAUUUGGGAUCCAAGACAACCUGGUGUUAUGGGGCUCUUUUGUGGUUUGAGACUGGUUUUACUAGCAGGUUCUGCAAAGAAAUGCCAGCCAAUUUGUCCACUUCUCCUUGCACCCCAAAAACGCACUGGUCACAGACAAUCCUAACAUUCCGGGAACCUAUUGCCAUUUCAUCAGAUAACUCUAACUUGGACAGAUCGGCUGCUAUUGUUGGUAGUGGUGGUUGUCCUGCUGUAAAGAUCAGUCUGCGUAUAAGCAUUGCCCGUGCAUCUCAGCAUCGCAGCAUUGACAUUUCCUUGGAAACUGUCGGAGUUGGUCCCGACGGCCGGAAACGCAGCUGGCCAGUGCAACUUUUUAAUAUGUCAUGAUCUGAUUCUUUCAAAGGCAGCAACAUUUCAUGUCAAUUGCCGGUGUUUGUUUUUGUUAGCCCUUCUGCUUAAUCGUGUUCAUGUAACCAUUUUUCUUUCGGGGAAUCAGCAACAAAAGUAACUAAUGUUUUAACAAAUUUGUGAAUUAGUACCCAAUUUUUUUGUUGAAAAAUACCUAAUGUCUACUUCUCUUGGUAUUUACCGGUACUCA